AUGUACAUUCCCUUUGUCCUCGUCCUCGCCGUCGUGGUAGCGGCCAAGCCCCUCGACCUCGCCCAUGGCAACGCGGCACGCCGCCACCACAACAGCUUAGCCCUCCGGCAGGACAGUACGACGUGGACCGAUACCACGUCGAGAACGAGAUGGAGCGACAACACGUCCAGUACGACGUGGACGGACGGCACGGCAACUGUGGCCACGACGACGGCCACGGCUACCACGACAAGCACAGUCUACACGACUCCCGUGACCACCUCGGUCCCAGCCACCACCGCCCUCAUCCUCGCCACGACGGCUUCGAGCCAGAGCCAGACCAGCAACCCCGCCUCGGCGACUAGUAGCGCCAGCACCAGCACCAGCGCGCAGUCUAACACCACCAGACCAACGCCAGCGCCAGCGGGUGCGACCGCGCCAGCCCACCCCACCGCCGGGCUCAGCGCAGGCGCGAUAGCCGGCACCGUCGUGUCCCUCGUCGUCGUACUCGCCGCGCUCCUCGCCGCAACACUGUACUACCGCCGCCGCCGCCCGCUCGCAAGCGGCACCGAAAAGGCGACCCUCACGUGCCCCUCGUUCGACACGACCGACGCCGACGCCGCCGACCCGUUCAGAGCCGGCACGCCGUCCCCGCUCGCGGGGCGCGCCAUCUCCCCGCCCCUGCCCCUCCAGCCGCGCGUGCACGCGUCGUCGUUCAGCUCAAUUGGCAUCGGGACCCCGCCGCCGCCGCUCGGCUCGUGGCGCCCCCGCGGCCACUCGAGCUUUGGCGCCAACAACGCACUCUCGCCGCCGGCUGCCGCGGCGACGACGCCGUCGCGCUCGCGCACGCUUGGGCCCGUGCUCCAGCGUGCUUAG